CUCCCUCUCCCUGCUGGCCACGCUUCUUUUUUUGCAGCCCAGGAUACGGUUGGCUUUCUGGGCUGCAAGGGCACAUUGCUGGCUCAUGUUCAGCUUCCCAUCCAUCAGUACCCCCAGGUCUUCUUCUGCAGAGUUGCAUUCAAUCCUUUCAUCCCCCAGCUUGUUUUGAUAGUGAGGGUUGCCCUGACCCAGAUGCAAGACCUUGCAGUCAAGAGGUUCACCUGGGCCCACUGUUCAAGCCUGACUAGGUCCUUCUGGAUGGCAUCCUAUCUCUCUCGUGUGUAAACUGCAUUCCACAGCUUGGGUGUCAUCAGCUAAUUUGUUGAGGGUGCAUUCAAUCCCAGUGUCACUGGUGAAGACAUUAAUGAGUAUCAGACCCAGCACAGACCCCUGGGGGGACACCACUGGUCACUAAUCUCCAUCCAGACACUGAGCCAUUGACCACCAUUCUUUGCAGUCAAUCCUGCAGCCAGUUCUUUGUCCAUUGAACAGUCCACCCUUCAAAUCCAUCUCUUUCCAAUUUGGAGAUAAGGAUGUUGCGGGGUACCAUGUCAAAGGCCUUACAUGACAUUGGUGGCUCUUCCCUUAUCCAUUGAGGCAGUGACACGGUCAUAGAAGGCCAGUACCAUCAUGGGCCUGGGCUGGGCCAUGCUUUUUUUUAAUGCACCCAAGUCUUAAAAGUGAGGUUGCAAGCAGUUCUGCAUUGCUGAGCUGCUCAUACUGAUCUUCUCUGAAAGUGCUGUGGAUUAUCACUGUUCAUAAAGCUACAUAAUUUUAACUAGUUUAAACUGUCAAGAUAAACAUACAUGUACGUGAACUGCAUUAACCUUUGCUUAUGUUGGUUUGGCUGAAGUCAGGCUUUCGUCACAUUUACUUCCUAGGUGCUUAAGGUUAGCUGGAGAUAUUUUAGUAUUGCAGCUGGAAAAAAAAUAACCGAAAUCCAGGCAUGGUGAAAACUUCAUCCUGGAAGUUUUAUUAAUGCUGUGAUGUCCUCAUGAUUUCAGAAUUAUUGUCUUCAUUUUGUCCAAAAUCGUGCCAGAAACCUGUGGAUAAAUACAUUGAGUAUGAUCCUGUCAUCAUCUUGAUUAAUGCAAUUUUAUGUAAAGCACAAGCAUACAGACACAUUCUUUUCAAUACAAAGAUUAAUUUUCAUGGGAAGCUCUACAUAUUUUGUUUACUCUGUGAAGCUUAUCUGAGGUGGCUGCAACUCCAGGAUUCUAGCCAAAGUACAGAUCCUGAUGACUUAAUCAGAUAUGCCAAGGAAUGGGAUUUUUAUAGAAUGUUUGCUAUAGCUUCUUUAGAACAAACUUCAUUUCUGGUUGGCAUCUUUAUUGCCUUGUGGUGGAGGAGACCCAAGAUGCUAAAAACGAAGUCUGAUUUCAUUCUACUUCUCAAGGCAUUACUGUUGUCCAGCUAUGGAAAGCUUUUGCUAAUUCCAGCUGUUAUAUGGGAACAUGACUACACACCUUUGUGCCUUGUGUUUAUAAAAGUAUUUGUCUUGAUAUCAAACUCUCAGGCAAUUAGAGUUACAUUGAACUUGAACCGAGUGUUCCCUUGGUUGGCUAUUUUCUUUGGAUUAAUUUUGGAAAAUGGUGUGGUUUGUUUGGUCCAGAAAAUUGGAUGGGAUGUUUGAAAUGUCAGCUCAGACCUAAAGAAAUAUGGACAGGGUGAUGAUCAUUUUCAAGUGAAAAAGGUCACAGGAUAUCCUGAGUUGGAAGGGGCCCACAGUCUAAUUCCUGGCUCCACACAGCACUACCCAAAAUUCAAACCUUGUGUCUGAGACUGUUGUCCAAAUGCUCCUCGAAUUCUGGCAGUCUGGGGCCAUUACCACUGCCCUGGGAAGCCUGUUCCAGUGCUCAACUUACCCACUGUUGAAGAACCAUGUCUUAACACACAACCUGAUCUCCUGCUGGUGCAGUUCCAUGCUGCUCCAUCAGGUCCUGUUUCUGUCCCCAGAGAAAAAAUCAGUGCCUGCACCUCUGCUCGCCUUGUCUAAGCAAGAUCUCUGCCAUCAGGCACUGAAGACACUGUUUUCAUAGUGAUAAUGAAGAUGAUCAGUAAUAAAAAUUUUAGUAGAGAGUUUGAGAAUGAGCUAAAAUGAGAAGCAGUUGAAGUUUGUGUGUUUAAUGUGAUAAGCAAUGAAACUUCAGCCUUAGCUUGUUUUUCUAUUAAAAAUGUGAACAUUUCACUAUCCUAGGAGUGUUAUAAAUCUAGCUAUAUAAAUGACUGAAAUAAAAAAGGUACUCUAAAAAAAUUUCAGCUCUGUUAGCAAUCACUGCAUUUUGGCAGAAAGAGAGGGAUGAAUUGUUCCCUUAGGAGGAAGGAAAAGAAUCGGUGGAAAAAUGUAAAAGCCAAAAUCGAUAUUUCUGCAAAAACAGGUUUCAGAGAGAAAUGAACGUGUGCAAACAGAUUUUUUAAUAGAAAAGGCAAAUACUGCAGAUUGAAACUAAAGUGGAAAAACUAAGUUCCGUUCUUUGGUUUGUUUAUAUAAACAUUCCAGAAUAAUAAAAUGCCUAGUUCUAGAGUCAUCUCUAGGAAGUACAGUUUUCACUGGCUUUGAAUUGUAUGUUAUUUCAUAAAAAGUGAAAUGUAAGACUGAAAAGAGGCAAGAUUUGGAAAGUAUUAAUAAGACGACACUUAUGAAAGUUUGCACCAUUUUCCUUCGCAGGCAAGGAGAGGGAUAGAUGGCCCACGAAGGAACUGGCAGAGUUGAUUUUCUCAAGGCAGUAGUUAGGACACUGACCUACUCUUCUGCAAACCAGUUUCCAUUGUGUUUCAUCCAGUGUUUAAUUUUUCUGCUUCAGUUCUGGAGGGCUGUACUGUCUACAGUACCAUUUAGCUUCUUCAUUUUUCUCAGGUACAGUCUGCUAUCUGUGUUGUGCAAAAUGCAUUAGUUAAAAUUUUGCAACAUCUUCCAAGUUAACUAUGAACAGGUUUAGAGUAGGUUUAGAUUAUGAUCACAAAAGACAUCAGACAUUAAAACCCUUGAAACUAUGCAGGCCAUGUUGUUACUGUGUUAGAAAAGCAAAGGAUUGCUAAUUGUUUUUCAGUAGAUUAGAAGCCAACAUCAUAUAUGUACCACUUAUUAAAAUUGGCAUCUUUCUGAGCGUGUGAUGUGGCCACAGAAAGCAAAAAAAUAAUUAAAAUAAAAUAAAACCAUAAAAAAUAAAGUGCAGCUCCAUUGAAGUACACAAGACAAGUCAACACCAAAACUGUUCCAGUAAGCAAAUAGUUGUGAAGGUGUAUGAGGGAUCCACCUUGCUUUAGCAACUUUGGCAAUCUGGUAUCUAGAACAUGCAUUGUUUUGCAUAAUUAGAUUUGGAGAGGUACUCCUCUCCCAUGAUCUUUUUCAAAACAGUACAUUGCUGAUGGUGCUUUGAAGAGCUUGUCUUCCUACACUGCCAGACACAUCAUUGCAACAUAUGCUGCAGUUUGAGAAGGUGAGAUGGGAAAGUGCACUGAAUAUUUUAUAAAAGCUUGAGGGAAGCAAGUUUGGCCUGCUUCCAUUUUCUUCCUUCACCUUCUGCCCAUAGUGAAAGAGGGGAUGUUGUUCUGCUGCAUGAGAGAGGGUGACAAGAAUAUGCACUGGGAAAAUGCUGGUGUCUGCUGAGUUAAACCCCAUUUGUUAUUGUAACUCUCAUGGUAUUUUCCAGCUUCCUGUACAUACAAGGAACAGAUUUUAUAUUACAUAUAAAUGUCACCAAUUCAGAAGCAAAAUGUGUAAAUAAAAUGUAUAUAAAUUUGAAGGGA